GGUUUAAACUUGGGUUUAAUUUGGGGCUGGGUUUAAUUUUGGUUUACUUUGGGGCUGGGUUUAACCUGGGGUUUAAUUGGGAGUGGUUUUAAACCUGGCUUUAAUUUGGGGCUGGGGUUAGGCUGUGGUGUAAUUUGGGGCUGGGGUUAGACCUGGCUUUAUUUAAGCCUGGCCUUAAGCCGGGGCUGUUCAGGGAAAUCCCUUUGGCCCCGGAAUUUCCGGAAUUCCUGUCCCCAAAGGGCCAAAGCUGGGAAUUGCUGGGGGAAAAACGGGAAUUUUGGGGUGGAAAAAUGGGAAUUCCUGAUGGGAAUUCUGGGAAUUCCUGGGAAGAAUUUUGGGAAUUCUUGGGAAGAAAAAUGGGAAUUGCUGGGGGGAAAAUAGGAAUUUUUGGGAGGAUAUCUGGGAAUUGCUGAGAGGAAAACUGGGAAUUCCUACAGGAAAAAUGGGAAUUCCUGAGAGAAAAAAUUGGGAAUUCCUGGAGGAAAUCUGGGAAAUUUUGGCCGCGUCGGUGUCGGGAAUUUCGGGAUCCCUGCUCCGGCUGGAGGAGAAUUUCUCGUCCUGCCUGGCCCGGCUCGACGGCCGCGUGCUCCAGCCGCUGCUCCAGGCCGCGGCGCGGGACGCGCGUAGCCGGGAGCGGCGGGAGCUGCUGGCGGCGCUGGCGGGGCGGCUCCACGCCCUGCAGGAAUUCUGCCAUGAAAACCUGGGAAUGCUGCGGGAAUCCUGCCAUGAAAACCUGGGAAUGCUGCGGGAAUCCUGCCAGGAAAAUGUGGGAAUGCUGCAGGAAUCCUGCCAGGAAAAUGCGGGAAUGCUGCGGGAAUCCUGCCAGGAGAAGGCGGGAAUGCCGCAAGAAUCCUGCCAGAAAAAUGCGGGAAUGCUGCGGGAAUCCUGCCAGGAGAAGGCGGGAAUGCCGCGGGAAUGCUGCCGGGAAAAGGCGGGAAUGCCGCGGGAAUGCUGCCGGGAAAAGGCGGGAAUGCAGCGGGAAUUCCACACGCUCGGGAAGGGAGAGCGGCUGCUGGGGCUGCACCUUCAGUAUUUUGUCACCUUGGCCAACUUCGUGGUGAUGCAGGGCUUCGAGCAGGCUGCCAACAGCAAGAGCGACGCCUGGGGGCCGCAGGGGGCGGCGCUGCCGGAAUUCCUGCGGGAUUUGCCCUCCGAGGGCUCCCUGGCGCGGGCGCUGCUGGCGGCAUUCCAGGAGCCCUUCCAGGCUCACGUCCGGAGCCACCGGCGGCUCCUGGCGCGGCUCCAGGAGCUGCUCCACGAGGAGUCGCAGCGGGAGGCGGUGGCGGCGGUGGAGCGGGAAUUUGGGAAGCUGGAAUCCUUCAUCUGCCAGGUCAUGGACGAGGCCGCCGGCACCAAGGAGCUCUGGAAAUCCCUGGGCGCCAAAUUCACCGACGUGCUGUGUGUCCCUGAGCGGAGGCUCCUGGAGGACAGCAGGAACCUCCCCAUCGCCACCGGCACCGCGCGCUCCGAGCGCCUCCUGCUCUUCGACGACGUCCUCGUCCUCAUCCAGGGAAACAGCUUCCGGAGUUUCGAUCUGAAGCUGGUGUGGGUGGAUGAAAACUGCGGAGAGAAAUCGGCUCCGGGAUUGCACAGCCUGCGGAUCACAACCCCGGAGGAGACGUUCGUGCUCUCCGCCAAGGACGCCCAGACCAAGGCCGCGUGGCGCUGGAAGCUGGAGCAGGCCGCGCGCCAGGCGCUCAACGGGAAGCGCGAUUUCCCCCUCUGGGGCCGCAGCGGCGAGGGCGGCCCCGCGCCCGCCCGCCGCUUCUUCAGCUACGCCUUCCGCACCGAGGGACGGCUCCGCGGGGCCACCUACGAGGGCGAGUGGCUCUGGGGGAAGCCCCACGGCAAGGGGACGCUGAAGUGGCGCGAUGGACGCAACCACGUCGGGGAUUUCCAGGAGGGCCUGGAGCACGGGUUCGGGAUCCGCCUGGUCCCGCGGCGCUCCGAGGAUCGCUACGACUGCUACAAGUGCCACUGGUACCAGGGCAAGAUGAGGGGCUACGGGAUCUGUGAGUACGGGAACGACGUGGUCUACAAGGGUUACUUCAAGGACGACGCGCGCCACGGCUUCGGCAUCCUGGAGGACUUCUCAGCCCGGCAUCCCUUCAAAUACACGGGAAACUGGGAGAGGGACAAAAAGAGCGGAUACGGAGUCUGGGAGGACAAGGAGAGAGGGGAGAGGUACCUCGGGAUGUGGCGGGAUGACCACAGGCAUGGCGAGGGCAUCGUGGUGACGCAGGCGGGGCUCUGCUACCAGCGCACCUUCCAGGCGGGUAAAGCGGUGGGUUCGGGAAUUCUGCUCCUGGAGGAUGGCGCCUGCGACGGGAACUGCACCGAGGAGCCAGGGAAGGGAACGCCCGGCACCCACUGUGGCCACCACAUGCAGCUGGACCUGAAGGAAUUCCCGGUGGAGCAGCGGUGGCCGGGAAUCUUCCAGCAGUUCCAGGAAUUCCUCAGCUCCGGCUGCAAGGAGGAAACAGAGGAAGCGUUCCUGGGAUUCCACGUGCAAAGCAGCAAGGAGCUGAGGAGAUCCCAGGAAUAUCUGUACUGCCAGAGAGGUGCCGAGGAGAUCUCCUGGAGGAGCGAGGAGGUGCCUGAGGAGCCGCAGGAGCUCCGGGGGUACCUGGAGAAGGCGCUGGGCUCCUCGCUGCACCCCCUGGGGAAGCUGCAGCGGGCGCUGGCCGCGGCGUUCCAGGCGUCCUACGGCGGCGGCGGCGCCAACCGGCACCUGCUGCCCAUGGCCCAGCUGGAGGUCAAGUUCUACGCCGGGAAAAUCUGGGAAUUCUUCCAGGGCCUGUGGCGCCUGGUGCGGGAGCAGCGGGGCCGCGCUGAGCCCGAGGACGCCGAGCCCAGCUCCCAGCAGGGCUCCAGCCUGGUCCUGCCCCUGAUCCUGCCCUGCUUCUACCCGGAGCUCUCCAUGCUCUACAUGCUCCGCCACCAGCGCGAGGACAGCCGCUACUGCCAGGCCAUCGUGGAGCUCAGCCUGCUCCCGGACCUGCAGCUCCUGGAAUUCCUGGACGUGCAGAAGCACCUGUGGCCUCUCAAAGAUCUCACCCUGACCUCCAACCAGAGGCGCUCCCUGAUCAAGGAUAAAUGUUUCCUCUCUGCCACCGAGUGCCUGCAGAAGCUCAUCGCCACGGCGGACCCCGGGGAGAAGCUGGCGGCGCUGCGGCGCGCGCUGGCGGAGCUGGAGCUCUCGGCGUGCCGCGCCCUGGGCCGCCACUGCCGCCUGCCCAUGGACGACCUCCUGCCCCUGCUCGUCUUCGUCGUGGCCCGCGCCCGGAUCCAACACCUGGGAGCCGAAAUCCACCUGAUCCGGGAUUUGAUGGAUCCCACCAACCAGGGAGGGAUGCUGGAUUUCCUGCUGACCGCACUGGAGUCGUGCUACGAACACAUCCAGAGGAUCCGGCUCCAGCCCAAGGAAAACUCCUCCAGCUCCUGAUCCAUGGGGAAAAAUCUCCUUUUCCCGAAUUUUCCGGACCAAAUCCCGCCGGAAAAAGCGGGAAUUGUCUCCCUGGCUGCCUUGAAAGGGAAGAAUUCCUCUCCAGCCGAGGUUUUCCCAAUCCCAAAAACACUGGAAGGGCUGGAAUUUUCAUCUCCAACCUUUUUUUUUUUCCAAGCAGAGAAGGGUUUUUUUUUUUUGGGAAUUUUAUCCCCUUUUCCCACAAAUAAUUCCCAGGAAAAAAAAUCUCCUUUUCCUGCUCUGGAUGGGGUUUAUUUUUUGCACUGGAGAAUUCCCAGAAAAAGAAUGGAUUUUUUUGGGAAAAAAAUCAAUUUUUGAUGGGAUUUCUUGGAAUGGAAUCCCAAAACUCCGAAAAAUUCCGGGAAUGAGAGAAGAUAUUUUUCCCACCGCUCCUUUUCCCACUUUUCCCAACUCAGGAUUUCUCCCAUUGCAUUUGGGAGCUGCUAUUCCCAGAUUUCCUGAUUUUUCCGAGAUUUUUAGGGUUUUUUUUUAUUUUUAUUGGAAACAGUAAGGAGUUCUUCUGGAUUUUGGGAAAUUCCGGGAAAAACAAACAGAAAACGUGGAAUAAAAACUCCAAUCCUGCCUGGAUUCGCGCCCUGCCAAGCCCUGAGCUGGAAUUUCCCUUUGGAAAAGGAAUUUUUGGAAUAUUCCCAGUGGAUAUUUGGGAUAUUCCCAAUGGAAUCCUGGGUAUAAUUUAAGAAUUGUCCAAAAAAAAAAAAAUCUCAUUUUUAGACGUUUUUAUCCCGCCUUUUUCAUUUUUUUCUGGGAAUUUUUUCCUUAUCCAGGUGAUUCCUGGGAAAACAAAACUCCCCAGGAUUUUUCCUGUUGGUUUUCCCAAGUUUUCCUAGUUUUCUAAAUUAAGGAAAAGCAGAUCCUUGAUAUUUUUGGGAAUUAAGAAAAAUUGGAAGCCCGAAGUUAUAAAUAAAUGGGAUUUUUGUCAUUUUUCCCAGGAAUUUUUUCAUUUUUCCCAGAUUUUUUUCCUUUUUCCAAGGGGAUUUUAUUCCUUAUCCAGGCGACUCCAGCAAAACAAAACUCCUCAGGUUUUUCCUGCUCUUUUCCCCAAAUUUUAUCUUUAAUAAAUAUCAGAUUAAUUACAUUAAUUAAUAUAUUAACGAGAGGAAAAUGGGAAGUUUGCCAGGAAUUUUUAUUUCAAUAAAACUCGGGGAAUUUUGAAGAAAUUCCAGGCUCCACGUGAUCCUUAGUCUGAUCUUGUGUUUUCAGGAAUCUGGGAAUUUUCUAGAUGAAGGAAAAACGGAUCCUCGAGAUUUCUGGGAAUUAAGAAUUAUUGGAAGCCCAAAGUUGUAAAUAAAUGGGAUUUUUGUCAUUUUUUCCCAGGAAUUUCGUCAUUUUUCUCAGGAAUUUUUUCAUUCUUCCAAGGGGAUUUUAUUCCUUAUCCAGGUGACUCCAGGAAAACAAAAUUCCUUAGGUUUUUUCCUCCCAUUUUUCCCCAAAUUUAUCUUUAAUAAAUAACAGAUUAUUUACAAGAACUAAUAUAUUAAUAUAUGAAUGAGAGGAAAACGGGAAGUUUGCCAGGAAUUUUUAUUUCAAUAAAACUCGGGGAAUUUUGAAGAAAUUCCAGGCUCCACGUGCUCUUUAUUCCAUUUUUUUUUGUGUUUUCAGGAAUCUGGGAAUUUUCUAAAUCAGGGAAAAGCGGAUCCUCGAUAUUUUUUUGGUGAAUGAAGAAAAAAAUGGGAAUUUCCUACAGGAAAAGCACAUGCAAAGUGCAGGGGGGGG